GAUGCAUUAGAUCUGUUUUACAAUGAUUGUCUUGCGUUCUAGAUAUCUGUUCAGUCGUUUCUACUUCGUGACCAACUUUUGGUGUUGCUAUGGAAAUUCGCUCCACUACAUGCUGGGCCAACCCUGUCGGUUAGUCUUCCUCAUAACACGACAGUGCCCAACUUCAUCACACAUCGACUCACUCACAACAUCAGGGAUUUAUACAUCAAAGUGUAUCGCAACCUCAACACCUUACUUCAUGAUCCCAUGAUGUCGACCCCAGACGCGCACACAAUGCCAGCAUCCCAACAAUGCGCACUCACACUCUGCCAACCAUUUCACUGCAUAGUACGGCGACCAGGCUUUCACGAGUACCCCUCUCGCAAUACAUCUCUCGUCUCUCAAGCCCAACAAAGAAAGAUCCUUUCAACCGCACAUCGAGUCCAACCAAAGCCAAGCUACUCAGAACACCGAUGUGCGAAGCGACACAGCGCGACCGCAUGGCACGCCCGCCGACGAUGUCUCAGCAGGCUAGGCCUCGUCGGCCAUACCACAUCGCACAUAGCCAGGAAAACGCAGUUCGGGACGUUCCAGGUGGUGCCCGUUCUGUACCGGAGGCACCUCGCAAGCCUCAUGGUCAGGAUCGGGAGCGCAGAGCAGACGUAAUGAAGAUGCUGCCUCGCCAGCUGAAGCCUCGCCGGCCGUUGCAAAAGUCUGAUCGUAGCCCUGAAGCGCCCCAUUGUGAGCUGCGAGCUGCUGGGCCAAUGCCAUCCAAGUAUUCGGAGAGGACUGUCGACUUAUUCACCAUGAUCGAUGAGCACAUGGCGUGGAAUAUGUCUGCCUCGGACGCAGAGUCGCCGCGCCCCAACAGCUCGGGUACGAUGUUUGUUGACUUCGGCGCAGAUGGUGAGGUGGAGGUCUCGUACCGCAACGGCAUGAACAAGAAGCUGCCCUGCGUCCCGUCAACGACCCCUGCACCGUCCCAACCCGCGUCUCCACGACACACGGUGGAUAUCAAGCAAGCCCCCAAGACCGCAGGAUCGAAUCAGCAACACGCCGAGGCGCAUUUGAAGCCACAACCACACCACCACUUUCACCCCUCGCGCCACGACUCAGUCAUCCACCCCGGCGCCUCGCACACCAUCGAUAUCACCCAGCCCCCUCCUUUCCCUCCUCCAAGCCGCUCACUCCCAUCUCUACCUUAUCGAGUCCCUCUGCAUCCGCAGAGCCGAAUGCCCCAAGUCCAUGCUACCUCACGCUCCGUCUCGACAGCAAAGACGCACCGCUCUGCACCUGCGCCAUCAGCAGCACCAACGACGACGUAUCGCACUGCCCGCGAUAUCGAGACCCGCGGUGCGCGCGAUGCGGUGUACACCACCACCAAGCCCGAGGGCAUGACGGUAUCGUACAAGUCCGGUGGUCUGACGACAUCUUUCCGCGUCAACUCCGCGGUGCACUCGCACCCCGAGGCACAGAAGCAGCAGUACCCGAACGGUUCCCCUCCACAGCGCUUCUACAACCCUUCCAUGCAUUCUUCUUUGACACACGUGUCGCUGAAGAUGGACACGAACAAGCCGCUUCCACCGCUGCCCCCAUCAUCCCGGGACUCCGACGAUUGUGCCACGCGCUCUCGGCAGCUGAGUGCGCUGGAGAAAGAGAAGAAGCGGUAUAAGAUUGCGCGGUUUGUGAAGACGGUGUUGCGCAAGAUGGCGGGUUUGGCGGACAAGUUUGAUGAGCAUCAGCAUCGGUAUCAACGCAGGUAAUUUGUUAGUUGCGUUUUUUUAAUGAUCCAUUUCGAGGUGUAGUAGUGCGAGAGGUAACAAAUAGCCGUAAGCGUGUCUCGUCUACCCAUAGUGGAGAUGGGCUCGCAGGCAUGAGAUAAAUGGCGGUUUCGUCGAGAGUGGUGAUCCGCUGAUAUCGAAGCUGGACUUGCUGAUGAAUGUGUUGCUCGACAGUUCAAGAGAAUUAAGAAUGUGAUAUGCAGUCUCCAAGUUGUUCCUG